UCUUUUCUCCCCAGGAUGGAAGAUAAGAGCCUCUUCCUUGCUUUAUUUCUCUGCUCCGUUUUGCUUUCAACUGCCUAUUCACACAUGAUCUUUGAGGAGAACAGAGACACCAGUCUGGCAACCAACAUCAAAAUGAAACUCCCAGAUCUCCCACCCAUCUCUAUAGCAGAAUUAACCAAAACAUCCCGGAAAGUAAGCAGGAAAGAGGCAGAGAAGAAGAAAGAAUCCAAGAGAAAGACCGAGACAAGAAAAUCCCGCAAGCCCAGGCCCACACACCCACCUAAUUGUGUGGCUACUUGGAAAAACUGCAAGCCACCCUCUCCCCCAUGCUGUGACUUCUGCACCUUCUGCCACUGCCGGCUUUUUCAGACUGUCUGCUACUGCCGAGUAGGAAACCCAAACUGCUAAACCCACACCAGGAAGGUAGUGCUGGAACUCUGUCAUUAACUGCUACAGAGUUUGUUUCAACCUGUUUUUCUCGUGUGUAUUGCAAGCGAAGUAUAGAGUCUUUGAAGCUUUCUGGCUGGCUUUGUGUUCCCCAGACCUGCAUGAAUGCUUACCUUAUGGAGCAAACACUAUGAUCCACAAGUCAAUCAUUACAGAGAG